AUGGCCUCUGAGGAACCAGAAAAAGUCGUCGCAACGAAUGGUGUCGAAGCAGAGGACCAUGUAGUUGAAAAGGAGGCAUCACAUCGCAGACGAGUCAGUCUGGUUGAGAAUAUUGAGGGCGAAAUCGAGAAUCCGCUCAAAGACAUCUCAAGAGAAGAGCUCCUCGAAAGGGUCGCUCGCUUCCACCAAGACAAGGGCCUUCCAGAAGACGUUCUUCCUCUUCUGAGAAAAGGUGCACUUGUCGCGCAGAACCCUGCUGGAUUCGAGUCUCUUGAGGAAUUGGACGAGUCUGACAAGACAGCCCUCCGCGAGGAGGUGACGCACCGUUGGAGGCAACCUUGGCCAUUGUACUAUACAAUUAUCCUCAAUUCAAUCGCUGCAGCCAUUCAAGGAUGGGAUCAAACUGGCUCCAAUGGAGCGAAUCUGAGCUUCCCAGUGGCAUUGGGCAUCCCUGACACUGCGGGCUCGUCAUGUGGCCCAGUAGCCAACGAAGGCGAUUGCGCCAAGAACAGUUGGAUCAUUGGAUUUGUCAAUUCGAUGCCCUACAUUACGAUUUGUCUCUUUGCUGGCUGGAUUUCUGAUCCCUUGAAUGACUGGCUUGGCCGUCGAGGUGUUAUUUUCAUUGCUGCCAUCUUUUCUCUAAUCGCCCCCUUUGGCAUGGGCGUAUCGCAGACUUGGGGACAACUGGCAGCGUCCAGAAUGCUCCUUGGCAUUGGCAUGGGUUUGAAAGAGGUCACGGUGCCCGUCUUCUCGGCUGAAAACGCACCAGCCAUUAUCCGUGGCGGCCUGGUCAUGUCGUGGCAGAUGUGGACGGCUUUUGGAAUCUUCUUGGGUACUUGCGCAAAUCUGGCGGUUGGAAAGUCUGGCGAGAUCGCCUGGCGCCUGCAAUUUGCCUCUGCCUUUAUUCCUGCAGUCCCUCUGGUCAUUGGGGUUUACUUUUGCCCGGAGAGUCCUCGAUGGUGCAUGAAGAAGAAGCGAUAUGACCAGGCGUGGAAAUCUCUGCUGAAGCUCCGGCACACACCCAUGCAGGCGGCCAGAGACCUGUUCUACAUCAACUGCCUCCUGGAGCAGGAAGAUGAGCUCGUCAAGGAGGCCGGCCUCAAGGUUACCAGCAGUGUCUUUACCCGGUUUGUCGAGUUAUUCACCAUUCCUCGUGUCCGUCGCGCGACGUGGGCGUCUGGAAUAGUCAUGAUUGCGCAGCAAAUGUGUGGAAUAAACAUCAUUGCCUUUUACAGCAGUACGAUUUUCAAGCAAAGUGGUAUCGAUGAUUACACUGCUCUUUGGGCAAGCUUUGGAUUUGGCUUGAUCAACUUCCUCUUUGCCUGGCCUGCGGUGUGGACUAUUGAUACGUUUGGUCGACGAGCACUGCUACUCUUUACAUUUCCCAACAUGUUUUGGACGCUUCUUGUCGCCGGUCUCUGCUACUUGAUCGACAAAGGCGUCGAAAACAGCACGGCACGAAUCGCCUCCGUCGCCACAUUUGUCUAUCUCUUUGCCGCCUUUUAUUCUCCAGGCGAGGGCCCCGUGCCGUUCAUGUACUCGGCCGAAGUGUUUCCUCUAUCCCAUCGUGAAAUUGGCAUGUCCUGGGCCGUGGCGACAAACAACUUUUGGGCCUCUGUGCUCUCACUCACUUUCCCUCGCAUGCUUAUUGCCAUGAGCCCGACGGGAGCGUUUGGGUUCUACGCUGGCCUCAACCUGGUGGCCCUGGUGCUCAUCUUUUUGUUUGUGCCCGAGACGAAACAAAAGACGCUGGAAGAGCUCGACUAUGUCUUUGCCGUGCCCGAUCGCACACAUGCGCGGUAUCAGCUGCAAACGGUGCUCCCAUGGUGGUUUAGACGAUGGUUUCUCUGGCGUCGAAACGAAACAUGCCCGCCGCUGUACCGCGAUCAUACCCAGGGUGCUGUGAAGGCGUGA